AUGGCCCGGAGACUGAUCGGUGACUUGUCGAGGAGGCUAUCGUGCCCUAAGCAGCUACAGCAGCACCGCAAUUUCGGAUCGCCGCCGCCGCCGCCCGCCGUCUUCGUCGAUAAGAACACGCGCGUCAUUUGCCAAGGCAUCACUGGAAAGAAUGGCACCUUUCACACGGAGCAGGCCAUUGAGUACGGUACCAAAAUGGUUGGAGGAGUGACCCCAGGAAAAGGUGGAACCGAGCACUUGGGACUCCCUGUUUUCAACUCCGUUGCAGAAGCAAAAGCUGAAACAAAGGCUAAUGCAUCGGUGAUUUAUGUCCCGCCCCCUUUUGCCGCUAAAGCCAUCAUGGAGUCGAUGGAGGCGGAACUAGAUUUGGUUGUUUGCAUCACGGAGGGAAUACCACAACAUGAUAUGGUUCGGGUGAAGGCAGCUCUUAAUAAGCAGUCAAAAACUCGGCUAAUUGGUCCAAACUGUCCUGGCAUUAUCAAGCCAGGGGAGUGUAAAAUUGGCAUCAUGCCUGGAUACAUUCACAAACCGGGACGUAUUGGAAUUGUUUCUCGAUCAGGCACAUUGACUUACGAAGCGGUAUUCCAAACAACUGCUGUUGGCCUUGGCCAGUCAACAUGCGUGGGAAUUGGUGGAGAUCCUUUUAAUGGAACAAAUUUCGUUGAUUGCAUAGAUAAGUUUCUUGUGGAUCCCCAGACAGAAGGUAUCAUCUUAAUUGGUGAGAUUGGUGGUACAGCAGAGGAGGAUGCUGCAGCCCUUAUAAAGGAAAGUGGAACUGACAAGCCUAUUGUCGCUUUUAUUGCUGGACUCACGGCUCCACCAGGUCGAAGAAUGGGUCAUGCAGGAGCUAUUGUAUCUGGAGGGAAGGGCACUGCACAAGACAAAAUUAAGACCUUGAGAGAGGCUGGAGUUACUGUGGUUGAGUCCCCUGCAAAGAUAGGAACUGCAAUGCUUGAAGUCUUCAAACAGAGGGGUCUUGUUUGA